GGGUUCCGGUCACCUCGCGGCGCGCACCGGACGUCACCGGGGGCGGGGCCAGAGGCGGGGCCUGGCCUCGUUGUGAGCGGCUCGUAAUCCAUCAUGGCGGCCGCGGGGGUCGGUGACCGUCCCUGAACAGCGCUGGAGCCGGAGCCGGUUCCCGGGUUCUGCGGCUGAGGAGCCCUUCCGUUGUCCACGGCCCCUACCUGCGGGGGGAGGUCGGGUCCUGCGACGGAGCCCGGGGGAUGUGACUGCCUGGCGGCGGUGGCCGAAGCAACGUCCGGGGCCGGGGGAGGGGGUGUUUCGGGCAGAGACCCCCAGGCUCGGAGAAGCUGAGGCGGCCGGGCCUCCUCUCCCCCUCUGCCCGCGACCCGCCUUCGGGGCCGCGAGAGUCCUUCGUCCCUUACAGCCCCGCCCGGGCUCUGGGACCCUCGGGGUGGUCUCUUUCCCCAGACCUGGGACACCCCGUUUCCUGAGGCGUGGAGGAGCGUCGCCCCCGGAGUAAGCCACCCGUGCCUCGCCCCGGCAGCCUCUCUCUUGACCCCGAGCCGCUCCUUGCUCCGACUCCCGGCCCCAGGUUUGGCCUCGGAGCCCCCCAUUCAAAUCCCAUCCCUGCUGUCAAGGGGCCUCCCCUUCCCCCCAGGUUGCUCCCGUGAGCCUCUAAUGCCCUGACUUCUUCCAAUGUCACCUACGGCCCCCUUAGUCUCAGCCCAGCCAAAAACUUUAAUGCAAAGGAAAAGCUUGGACUGGUUUCACAGGCCUUUUAAAAAGCGGACUUAAAAGUU